AACAAGAAGAAGAACAACAAGAACAUGACUCCGAAGCGAAGCUCUUGCGCGAUAGGUUCAGACUCUCCGCCAUCUCCAUCGCCGAAUCCGAAGCAAGUAAGAACGGCAUGGAAAUAUCUAAAGUACUAGUCUCUUGCAUCGCUGAUUUGGCAUACAAAUUCACCGAGGGGCUAGCCAAGGAUCUUCAGCUAUUUGCACAGCAUGCAAAUCGUAAAUGUGUGAACAUGGAAGAUGUCAUACUUUCUGCACAUCGAAAUGAACAUGUGUCUAGUUAUUUGAGGACAUUCUCCAACGAUUUAAAAGCGAGAGAUCCUUCAUCUGAGAGGAAGCGAAAGAAAGAGGCCAAGAAGAAUGAUAAAGCAACCAUCUAGUGCACACGUCUGAUAUAAAUACAUAGUACGUUGAACAUAUUUGGUAUUCUUUUUUAAAUCUUGGCCUCAAAUUUUCCAUAAUUUUUGGUACUCUAUCUCUUUCCUCUACAUGUUCUUGUUCUUGUACAAUGGAAUUUAUUGUUCUAACA